AUGACAUUCCUUUCGAAGCUAUGCAUCGCCAUUGGUCUCGUGUUCCUAGCACAUGCGGGCUACUCCGCUCACGAAUACUCAGCCUUCUACAGUCGCAUUCAUUCUGCGAAUACCUCGACUGUCUAUUCGUUACCGCUUGAUAUAAGGAUAGAGACCAUUGUCUCGGUCUUCCUUAUUUGCUUCGGGCUUGUGGCAGGAGCAGAUCCAUUGAAGCCGAUUAAUUGGAAUGUGUGGGCUGGCAAUAUUGAGAAGGAAGGGGGCGCACGAAACCCGUUCAGAGGCCUUGAAGAAAGAGCAGGGUUCGUGGACAUUAGGGCGAAGAGGAAGGAAUUUGCCGACUGGAUUCACCAGCUCUUCGGAACGGGCAAGACUCUGAAAAGAGAACUCGAGACCGCACACCCUCUCAACGGAACAGCAAAUCUACAUCUGACCAACACCCAGUGCGGGUCGCUGAAUGGUCUUCGAACCUGCCCGUUGAUUACGAUUUGGAAGAUUCCUCUAACCCCCCUUAUGAACUACCAGCAUUCCAGUCAGCCCAAAGAAUUGUCCCAGCGAAUCCCAUCUCAACUCCGAGAAGCCAUCAAAGAUCCAGCAGCAGCAUAUAUUACACAGCAGCUUGGGGCUCUUCCUAUACGACACCGAGUCCGGAAAGAUCGGCAGAACGUCAUUACGAUUCUUCGAAACUCUGAAAAGGAACGUUGGCUAAGCGACGGCUCAGAAGAUAGCGAAGGACCUCGCCGACGUGCUCGAAUUGCGGAAAGGAGUAGUGGAAGCUGGCUCGACCUUCACAGUGACAACGAUCAGGCUGUGAACGCUCCACCUGCAAGGAUUUCUUCCACCGAACAGUCAGCUCCUGCUACGAUCGACCUCUUAGCCUCUACUCACCAAAGCCAUAGCGGCUAUGGUAGCUUGGAUACUGUGAAGCAGGAAGAUAUCGCUGGAGCUGCGAAAAGUAAAAAUUCACCGCAAAACGGCAUGAAAUCUACCAUAAAUGCAGCAGAAUCUUUGAGUGCGAUGAACGAUCGGUCUCCUUCGCUUCGACAAGAGGUUGAGAAGUCGCGUCCAGAGACCUCCCAAACAGAAGAGACCAGUCCAGCACGAUCAGAUCCGGCUGAUGCUAGCCCUCCAUCCAAUAGGCGGGCUUUUACUACCUCUGGAUCUGCUUCUCAGAGACAGAAAAGGCGAGUGAUCUGGAAAGGCAAGGCAUGCUACGUCACGUUCCCCUCACAUGAUGAACGUGGAAGAAGACCUCUGCUUAGCGUAGCUGAUGUUGACGCACGCAUGAAGCAAUGGGAAAUUGAGGGCCAGGACAUCCGCGGUUUCAGGCUCAGCACCUCCUCAGCCAAUGAAGAACUGGCCGCUCAGACCUGCAGGCUAUAUCCUGACCCUACCUACGUCCUGAAGGAGCGGGAAGGAGGUCAAUUUCGUGUCAGUGUCCCAAAUCAAGCUGAAUGGGAUGCCUAUGUCAACCUUUUGAAGGAGGAGAAGUUACUAGCGCUCGGAGUCAGUCUAAGCGACAACAAUCAUCCACCAUCUACUCAAUAUUCUUUCCCUGCAUUGAUUAGCCGAGCCUCCUCACGGUUCCCCGGACAAUCCUUAUCGCCUCCAAUACCAACCUCAUCAGCUGUAAGCAAUGAUUCGCUUGCAAAUCGCCGUUCCUUCUCACCUGGUAUUCCCACAUCCAAUGCGAGUGCUCAAUAUGGCUUUGCUCCAUCUGUUCGGCCACAACAUGCGCUUCACCAGAACAGCAUGCAUCGUUCCGGUAAACCUCUAGCAUAUCCAGGAACGGAUCUACGGAGGAUGUCGCCUUUCAGUCCGAGCCCCUUGCACCCGACGUUGCCCAUGCAACGGGAGGAUUUGCCAUCAGCGUACUAUGUACCACAGUCUGAAGGGUUUUCCAUUUCAAGAGCUAGUGUCCCUCACCAACAACACCAGCAAAACAACACGGGAACGACACUUUCCGAUUCUUCGAGGCCCCCAGACAGAGAACAGGAAAUGAUGCACCCGGCUCCCCAAAGUCCUCAACGAAAUAUUAGUGAAGCCUUACAGAAUGAGAUCGAUGCAGCGGAAGAAGCAAUAGAAAGGAGUGAAAAGUCUGUUCUAUCAUCUGCCGCUCCCACUUUACGGAAUAACGUGGAAAUUACCCAGCAAUCUGAAAGACCUCUGUCUUCGCAUGGGGUGGACUUCGGUAGAAAUGGAGAUAGAGCUGACGUAGCGCCGCUCAAGUCUUCUGCAGCCUUUUGGAAACCAAUGCCUGAUGGAAGUGCUGGAUCACAAGCCAAUGCAAGCCAGCAUCACUCAGAUCUGCUGUUGGACAAUACAGAUCAUAUAAACCCUCAUGUACGGGAAGGCGAGCCCAGCUUGUUGUCAGUACGACCGAGUGGAGGACGCGCACAUGAGGCGAUGUCUUUUGCGUCAAAAUUAAAUGUUGAAGCAGAGGAAUUCAAGUUCAAUCCCAGAAGCCAAUUUCUAUCUACAAACUUUGCUUUCAACAGGGAUGCCUUUCAGCCUUCAACAAUUGGUAUGGUGCCCUUCUCUUCCCACAAUGGCUUGGAAAAAACAGUCUUGUCGAAGCCUAAGCCCAAGCCGGUCAAUGGGCUGAACGCUGAUGCGCCUUCUUUCACGCCGUCCACGAUCUCAACAGCCACUUUCCAGUUUAACUCAGCAGCGUUCAAUAUUGGUGACACUGCCUCCAAACCAGCACAGACCGUCAGCGAAAGGGUAUUAGGCCAGGACGUUGACACGGGCAAUGCUGGUGGUCCGACUAAGAUUUUCACCAACCUCACAAGUGAACCCAAUGGAAAAGCAAUAAGACGCGGGAAGCUCACAAAAGUAUUGCCUAUCGGAGAGCCAGAUGGUGGAGACCACACUGAAGAUGAUGAAGAUGGACGAGUCCGUGUCUCUGCCGCCCGGCAGAAACGGGCUCGUGUUGAUGAAUGUCAUGAUGGCGAUAAGAGUCCCCAAUACGCCACUGCAACAACUGCACAAGGUGAUGACAUGAAUUUGAUCUCCUCAGAGGCUGACUUGAGACCACCUGUGUCUGUUGAAGUCAGAAACAAAAAUGCCCCGUCAGCCAUCGUUAUUAGUCAGGAAGAGGGUCACGAACGAGGCCUUGGAGAAGAGCAUCCUGGUGAUGUAGUACGCGUGCCAACGAAAAUGCAAAGCCCGUCUUCACAACCUGAUCCGAAUCACGUACAGUUCGAAGGGGAAGCGCAAACUACUCGACUCCUUGUUGAAAGAAACGAUGUAGUAGAUAGGGUCCUCGAAAAUGGGAAUGUUGGAAACUUUUCACCCACCCAUCAUACCACAGUUUCAUUGCCUAGUUCGUCUUUAAGCAAUCCUGCCAGUCGUAAGGCAUCGGCUCCAUUGUCCUUGACAAGCAAGCCUCAACAAUCAACCGGCCCAGAAGCUCUGGAGUAUACCGGGACUCCCCCUUCUUCACCUCCAGCAACAACCACGUACAUUCCACCAUUGCAGCAACUGUUGGCGCCUGGAGAUUCUAGGCUGUCUCAGUGCUCCGAGCCUGCUGGGGAAAGUGAAGCGCAUUCUGGUCAUGUAGGGUCAUCCGACGAAGGCGUAGAUACACCGCCCGAUAACACUGAUCCGACAGCCCGUUCCGGUAACGUUGAGCAGCAAGCACUAACACCAACUGUUCUUUCUCAGAGAUCUGUAAGCUCAGCUGAAAAGAACGGUACAUGCCCGUCAUACGACGAAAUCGACGCAGUAAUGAAGCAGCUCGAGGAUAAUUCCGACCUUGGUAUCGAGCGUACUGAAACACCUCCUAUGAAAUCAAGGCCUGCUGGAGGGCUGAUUUUGAACCCUUUAAUCAAUAUUAAAGGGGCUUCGUCGAGUCCCAGCUCUAAACCGGCUCACAAAACUCCCGAACCUGUUUCCGAAAUGAAAGAAAUGAGACUGUCCCUGGAUCAAUCGUCCCCCAGUAUUGAUCCAGAGAAGCCUGAGGUCAGCAUUAGUCGCGUGGAAGGUGCAGAUAUUAGUGACUGGAAUGAUGUUCUUUCGGUUGCUGAUGAGGGCAAGUUCGAAAACAGAGCACGCUUCUUUGGUAAUUCUGUUGACACUGUCGUCGGAGGCAUUUUGCAAGAUCGUCUGGGCCCUCUCGAGAGAACACUAGAGACGAUUCAGCACUCAGUCGCCCUUCUGACCAGUCAGGCUCAUCGUAGCGUCCAAAGAAUAAGCACAAGUGACGAAGUGGAACAUUCUGAUGCGGACGAUGAAGAAGAAGAUGAAGACACUAGAUCCAGGAAUACGUUGUUUCACCAGGCACGAUCGCCGAUCAUCCGCAAGAAGGAUCUCGGACUUGAUGUUGUGAAGACUGCAAUCAUGGAUGCUUUGGCGGCCCAUAACCAGGAGAUCUCGUCGUCUCGAGAGAUGGACCAUUCGACGCUUGAGCAGGUCCUAGAUGAGUUGCGGUCGCUCAAAGAUUCCUCUCUAUCGAAGCAAAGCCCCGAUGAAAUCAGGACCGUUGUGGAAGAAGUCAUCUCAACCCAUCCUCGCCUGAGGGGAAAGCGUGUGCAAGAAGACCAUCAAGCCGGAGCGUCCCAGAAAUUUAGGCUUCAGAUCGAUGGUCUCGAAUCUCUGCUGAAAAUCGCCGAAGAAAGGACUGAACAGGAAUACCGAGCACGAAGGAAAGUUGAAGAUGAGCUGGCAGAGACAGAGAGACGACUUCAUCUUGCGGCGGAGGAAGCUGCGCAGUACCGUGAAGCAUCCGAGGAAGCAGAGUGCACCCUUCGAGCUUAUCUCGAGGAGAAAGAGUCGUUCCAGCAACUAGAACAGAACUAUUCAGAGCUCUUGUUGAAGAAUGCCGCUCUUGAGACAACAUUGGAAGAGUAUCGCCUAUCCCACGAUCAGUGGCGCAUCGAUAUCGAAGAUGAACGCACAUGCAAUAAGGACCUUAAGGAAGUGCUGCGGUCUCUUCGGCGUGAGAUCGAUGAGAACGCACAAACAAAGCAAAUUCUACGUGCUAAGCUAGAACGCGUGCAAGAUGAUAUGGCUGAUGUCAUGGAGAGGGUAGCUCAAGAGCAAGCAUCAUGGGUCUUGAAGGAGCACGAUUCUUCAGGAAAGCAGCGUGAAAUGGAAGCUGAACUUCGUCAAGAGAUGCGCAUGAGAGAAAAACUGGAGUUUGAAGUUGACUUGCUCGAGAAGGAACGUAAAGAGCUUUUGAGGUACAAAGAUAAUUAUGACGCCAUCUACAACGAGAACACAAGGCUUGAAGCGCUUGUGGUACAGACCCGACAGGAAAGUCGAAUGCAUGAAGAGGCAGCUCACCAAUUUGAAAGAGAUGUCGUUAAUCUUCGCGAAACUGCCCAAGCUGAUGCUUCUAAGGCGCGAUUGACCCACCAACACGAAGUUGGCUUGCUGAAAAGUCACCAUGAGUCUCACUGCGCUGACUUGGAGAGUCAGAUUUCUCGGUUACAAGUUCAGCUCCAGCAGGCAAGGAAUGACACGGAAGAAGUCAAAGCUAGAUAUGAAAGUCAUCUUAGCGAUCAUGUCGAUCGUCAUAUUCGAGCGCUGCACGAGCUUAAUGAAACGAAAGAGGCAGCCCUGGCAGAACAACGCCGUUCCCACGAAAAAGCUAUCAAUGAUCUACGAGAGCGACACGCCCGUGCUUUACACAACUCCUCGGACGACAAACAGCGCCUAGAUGCCCACUUUACUGAGAAACUGGCUCUCAGCAGCGAUAGAAUCCAGCACCUAGAGGGGAAAGUCGCUGAUCUACAAGAUCGAUUGGAGAUAGCCAGCUCUGCAGCAAGGGCAGCCGCAGAAGCUGCAGCCGGAAAAGGCACUCCCGGGGGAGACAACGAUCUGACGCCGCAACUGACUAUUGCGUCAAUGCCGCUCGCUAGAGGGAGUGGCAUACCCGAAAAGAUCUCUCCUCAAGCACUACGGGAAUCAAUUAUGGUCCUACAAGAUCAGCUCCAGAAUCGCGAGCAGACCAUCGAAUCGCUCGAAGCCGAGCUCACCAAGGUUGACAAGGACGCACCCAGCAAGAUUAAAGAUCGUGAGACUGAAAUAAAUUGGCUGCGUGAGCUUCUAGGCGUCAGGAUAGACGAUCUUGAAGACAUCAUCAAAAGUCUCUCUGAAGCAGACUAUAACCGCGAGGCUGUCAAGGAUGCUGUCAUACGGCUCAAAGCCAAUCUUCAGAUGGAGCAACAAGAGAGAGAACGGGCCGUACACGGUAGUCCGGGCAUCAUUCCCUCCGUGGCAUCGCUGUCCAGCCUAACACAAACUCCGCGUGCGCUCCCAAUGGCCGCUGCUGCUGCGUGGGGAAAUUGGCGUAAAGCCAGAGACACGUCCUCAGGUACACUUUCUGAGCUCGCAAAUAUAAGCCAGACACCGUCCAGGUCAAGCUCGGGUCCACAAAGCUUUCUAUCUGGUCUACUGACGCCGCCGCGCACAAACCACCGGGAAACAAAUCCUCUGCCAGAAAGCGCUCCGCCCGCUAUGAGACCGCUAAGUGGACGCAAUUCGUCCUCUGAAGCAAGGCCGUUGCGAGCAUAUAGUAGUCAGGCACGCAGCAUGUCGGCCAAGCGGGCGGAACCGAGGACAACAGCGCGGCAACAGUCCUCCGUACACUCAUAUCUGACAGAGCAGCAACAGCAGCAAAGUCGGCAGUUGGCGCCGAGGACGCCGCCACUGAUGAGAGAAUCGAGCUACGACCAGGAUGCAGACGCCAGGAGGUCUAUUAUGAGUGAUCUUGAUGACGAUGCGAGUCCGGUAGGCAGCGCUGUGGAUGGUGGCGAUUUAUCGCUUGGAGAGCCGUUUGACGAGUCAGCCCGGAGUUGA